UACCGCAAUGUGGCGGAGAAGGUGAAAGCAGAGUUUUGGACUUAUUUCAAAUGUGAGGAGGGAGCCGAGGUCAGGGCGAACCAGGUCCUUAUCAAGUCCGCUAAGAAACGCGUCGUCGACAUGCAUCACGAGGUGAAGUACCAGUGCGCCAUAACCUACAGCGGGGAGAAACUUGGGAGAAAGCUUGAUAAGAAGCGUGCAAGACAGAUCACGAUGACCCGAGAGCAGUACAUCGAGGCGAUUCCAGACUGGUGUCGUUCGUUUCCAGACUGCUGGGAGAAGAUCGUGGACAGGUGGUUCACUCCAGCCUACAUUAAGCAGCAUGAAGCUCUCCGGGCGCAUCGUUUGAAGAUGAAAGGUCCAGCACACCAUCAGGGCAGCCGCAACCUCUCCCAAUACAAAGCCGCAUGGAUGAAGGCACAUCCAGGGAAGGACUGCAACGACUUCAAGGCGUUCUGCAUGUCCCACUUGGGCAAGUCGGGGUCGGAGGUGGACUACACUGGGCAGGAACCACCCACGGCGUACACCAACCCGGAAAUCGGCGAACGGAUCCGGGAGUACACGGUGGCGGCAAAGGCACGCCAUGGGGAGGAGUACGAUCCGUGCACACAGGAGAUCGAUGUAGAUCUCGUCAUGAGGCAAGGAGGAGGAAAGAAGCACGGGCGGAUGUGGAUUGCCAACAGCGUCAUCGACAGUUCCGAGCUCUCCCUCACGCGGAUCCGAGCAGGUAGCGCCGCCACUGACCCACCCAUACGUCCACGGGUGAGCUCUUCACAGCACCAGGUCGAUGCACUCCAGGCCGAGCUACAAAAUGAGAAGAAGCAGCGUGAGGAGACAGACGCGAAGCUUGUGGCCACAAGUGCGACGGUGGAGGCCCAGAAUGCGGCGCUGGCAAUGCAGCAAACAAGGCUAGAGGAACUAACGAAGUUCCUAGCAGCUGUUGGCGAGAAGUCCGGUUUGUCCUUGCCACCAGAGCUCCUCCAUCCCCUCCCUUUGCCGGUGCCUGUUCUACCUACUCCUCAACAGUCGGCGGGUUCGAAUCCUACUCCUGCAGCAAUUGCAGAAGGCAUACCCUCACCAGGCGUUCAGUACCCACCAGGCGGAGCCCCAACGUCUUGAGAUGCAGUGGUAGUGCUUGUUGUGAACUUGUGGAGACAACUAUGCACUUUGUGAACUUGAGCCGCACUUUGUGAACUUGUGGAUGUGAACUUGUGACAUUUGUGCUAUAUAUGUUGUGCUUGUUGUGGUGAAUGUGCCAGUGGUUGUAUCUAUGGUCUGGAUAACAUAUAUAUAUGUGUGUGAUUUUUAUUGUUUGAUCAGGUGGAUUGGAAAAUAAAAAUAAAAAAAACUGUUUUCUGUAGGUUUGCCGAGCG